GGCCUAAAACCCUCGUACCCCUGUACUUGCAGCCUCUAGCUCGUGUAGUCAGAAAACUUUCAAGAUGGCCAUGACGAUGCAAGCAACUGUUAGAAUGAACUCAAUAGGUGCGGAUUCAGAUAUCUAUCCAGAUUGGUAUAAUGCUGAACACAAGACUGGGACUACCAUCAUGGCAGUUGAAUAUGAUGGAGGAGUGGUUUUUGGUGCAGAUUCUAGAACAACAACAGGGGCAUAUAUAGUGAAUAGGGUAACAGACAAGUUGACUCCAGUUACUGAAAACAUAUUUUGCUGUCGAUCUGGAUCAGCUGCAGACACUCAAGCCAUAGCAGACCAAGUAAAAUAUAAUCUUUAUCUACUCAGAAUGGAGUUGGGUGAGCAGACUACAGUAAAGACUGCGGCUAAUUUAUUCAAAGAAAUAUGUUAUGCUAAAAGAGACAGUGCUGUUGCUGGAAUAAUUGUUGCAGGCUGGGAUGAGAAGUCUGGUGGCCAAGUAUUUACUGUGCCUCUUGGUGGCAUGUGUGUUCGGCAACCAUUUUCAAUUGGAGGAUCUGGGAGUACUUACAUUUAUGGGCAUUGUGAUGCAACAUACAAGCACAACAUGACAAAAGAAGAAUGCUACAGAUUUGUUGCCAAUGCUGUUGCUUUAGCGAUGUUCCGAGAUGGCUCAUCUGGAGGUGUUAUCAGGAUGGCUGCUGUUAACAAAGAUGGCGUCGAGAGAAGAGUUCUCACUGGCAACGAGAUACCGAGGUUUUAUGAAGGCCAGUGAAGAAAACUGUUUCUAAUAUUGUUUCACCAUUCUUAAGAGAAAACGUUUUGUUAGUUAAAUAAUAUUUGUUCUCAAA